CGAAUCUACCACCCAUGUCCUAAGAGCAGAAAUGUUUUGCAGCGCAUGCGCAGUUCUGCACACUAGCAACACGCACGCGCAGUUUUCCUUCGCUUCUCGCGCCAAACUCGACCUGUGGAAGUGUCAAACAUGUCUAAGAAGAAAGGACUUAGCUUGGAAGAGAAAAGAAGUCGUAUGAUGGAAAUAUUUUUUGAAACCAAAGAUGUGUUUCAGCUGAAAGAUAUAGAAAAAAUCGCCCCCAAAUCCAAAGGAAUCACCCCAAUGUCGGUGAAAGACGUGUUGCAGAGUCUGGUGGAUGACAACAUGGUCGACACCGAGAGGGUGGGCACCUCCAACUAUUACUGGGCGUUCCCCAGUAAAGCCUUGCAUACACGUAAACGCAGAUUAGAGGAACUGGAAAUACAACAUGAAGAGGGAAAUCAGCGUAAAAAAGCCCUUCAGCAAGCAGUUGACAAAGCCAAAGUGGGACGUGAAGUUAAUGAUGAGAGAGAGGAUCUCUUGAAGGAGCUCACAGCAUUGAAAAGUCAGAGAGAUCAGCUGAAGGUUGAAUUGGAGAAGUACAAAGAAUGUGAUCCAGAGGUGGUGGAGGAGAUUCGUGAGUAAUAUUUCUAUCCUGAAUAUUAAGCAUGGAUGAAA